AUGUCAUCAACACAAUUCCUUCCAUUAUUGUCUCGAGAUUUUAGUAAAUUACUUGAGAAAGUUUAUUUCGACUCGGGACUUGAUCAAGUAAAAAACAGUGACGGGGAUGGAUUUUUGUUGAAAUUGAAUUUGUCACCGAUAGCGUUUAACAUAAUUCUCGGGUAUAUUUAUAGCGGUAGACUUGAUUUGGAUGACCUAGCAGGCGAAAAUGUCUUGAGAUUGUUGCAUGAUUCAUUUAAAAAAUUACAAAUUUUCUGUACGAAUUUAGUAUGCGAAUCACCGGAAAUAUUAUUCGAGUCGCCUGAUUUCACGCAAUUGGAAGAAUCGGGACUGUAUUCGAUUCUUAAGCAUUUUUAUCGAAAAAUUAGACCUUACGCAGCAGCUGUUGAUGUCGCAUUGUAUGAUGAGAUUUUGCAAUUUCAUAUUUUGAAAACCUAUAAUCAAUCUACCACGCAAAUAUUACCAGCAAGGAAAAAACCGGUAAUUGAAUCAAAAAUCUUAUCACAUGAACAAGCAAAACUUAUUUCCAAUUGGAUUUAUCAACAUCAUAAUGAUUACUCGGAAAAUCAACCUUCUAAUAAUAAUGGUGGUGGUGGUGGUAAUAGUAAAUUAACAUCUUUGUUCUCAUCGAAUAGCGGUAAUAAGAGAAGUAGCAUUGAUUCAAGAAGAUCAAUAAUUGAUGAAAGUGAUGGCACAGAAGAAGAAAAAACCAAUGGUAAUAAUAAUAGCAAUAACAGCAAACUUUUUGAAUAUAAUUUAUUGUUAAGAGGUAGCGUAGACAGUUUCACACCUGGCUCAUUUCAUUUAAGAUGUGACGCGAAAGGGCCAACCAUCACAAUAUUUCGAUUAUCUGGCGGUGGUAGUGGCAGUGGAUCAUCGCAAGUAAUUUUAGGUGGCUACACUUCAGAAAACUGGUUGUCGUUGAACGAGGCUAAAUGGAUGAAAUGCGACGAGAGUUUUUUAUUUUCGUUGAAGGAGAAAGAUACGAGAUCAUUUAAAAUUUCACGAAUUAAAGAAAAUCAAGAUGCAAUGUAUUUGGACAGAAAUUCAGGCCCACAUUUUAGCGAUUUGCAUCUAUUAAAAAAUCCUAAUAGUGAUAACAAAAAGAAUGAGGUGAAAUAUUCGCAGUUAAAAUAUAGCAAGUCUAUUCACAAAAAUGGUACUUUUACAAUCGACGAAUAUGAAGUUUUUCAAGUUGUAAAGAAAUAUUAA